AUGAUUGAAGUAAUUGAGGAUAAAAAAAAUAGAGGACGAAAUGAAUGGGUAGCCGUUUUAGUCAAAUUAAUUGAAUUGGAUUUAAAUAAAUUAUUGCCUAAUUUUAUGAGGGGAAAAUUGCACAGUGAAAUAGGAAAUCUUUUUAAUUAUGCUUGUAAAAAUAGAAAUUUUGAUGUUGCGGAAAAAGUUUGGGAUUAUUGUAAAAUUACUGGACUGUCGCAUAGAUUUAGUGUCAAGUCUUUAUUUUUAUUUACACUUUAUCAUUGGAUAAAUGGAAGGAAAAUGAAAGCAAAAACAAUUGCGAGUGUUUUACAAUCAAGAAUUAGAUUCCUUCGAGAUGUUUCUAAUAAUAAAUUUAAUAAAGUAAUGGAAGAAAUGAAGGAAUACAAGAAUAUUCGUGAUCGCUUUUUAGAAAUUAAUAGAAGUUACAAGGAUAUUAUGGAAAAUCCACAAACGAAAGAAAGAACGAGGAAGGUAUGCAAUCGAGUUUUGAAUGGAUUUGUAAAUGAUUUUAUAGACGGCAAAAAUAGAAAGUGAAUUAAAAAUUGUUAUAGUAUUUUUUGUUUUUU